AUGCAAGGUUUAGGCGCUAUCCAAGCGAAUCAAGCUCGUGCAGAAUAUCUCGAACAAGCUCGUGAUCUUAUCGAAAAUACUAGAAAUGAAGCAGCUAAAGAACAAAUGAGAGUUUUUAAGGAAGCCCUUGAAAAAUUCGCUAUCAACCAUAAGAAGGAUCUUAAAGAUGAUCCAGAGUUCAGAUCAAGUUUUAAUAACAUGUGUCUUAACCUUGGUGUCGAUCCUCUUCAAUCUACAAAAGGCUUUUGGUCUUCAAUUCUUGGUGUCGGCGAUUUUUAUCACGAAUUAUCUAUCAAAGUUAUUGAUGUUUGCUUAAAGCAAAAGAAAGCUAACGGUGGCAUUCUUCCUAUAGAAGACGUUUUGAAACAAGUUCAAGCAACAUAUAAAAAUCCACCAAAGAUGAAUACAAAAGACAUUGAACAAGCUCUUAAAAAUCUCAAGGUUUUGGGAUCGGGCUACUGUAUUGUCGAAAUUGGUAAAAAGAAGUUCAUGAAGACAACAUCUUUUGAUAUCGACGAAGACCAGACAACACUUCUUGCUUUGGCAGAAGGCAAGGGAUAUUUCACUGAGAAAGAUGCAAGUGGAAUGUCUCAAAAGCGUUUUGAAGCGGCACUUCAAACAUUACUUGAUCAGGGCUUUGUUUGGCUUGAUCUUUAUAACGACGAAAAGAAAUACUAUGUUUGCGCUAUGUUCCCAGGAUUUAACCAAGAAGUUUAA